GCCACCUACAGCCAGAACACAACAUAAGAGAACAUUAAACUGUGCUCUCCAAGGAUCGUCUGUUGUUGCGCUUGUCACAAUCACACGAAUGCUGCUUUGUGCUGGGUCUGGAAGUUGUUUCGCUCAAACUGCAAGUAUACGAUCGUACGACCGUCUGUGCUUGCUGGUGGCUGUGGCGAAAGAGGGGUGCAUUGUGUGUGGAUCCAGUUGCAUUGUACAAGAGGCUCCACCCUAGGGUAUGGCAUCGGUAACCCGUAUGCUUCCUUCCAAAAUAUAUGACAUUGAAGCUCACAGCAGUAAAGUAACAUGUUUGAACCUUGGAGAAACCGGACGCGUUUUGGUGACUGGUGGUCAGGAUUGCAACAUAAAGUUAUGGGCUCUCAACAGCAAUCAGUGCUUCAUGACGUUGCCUGGGCACAACUCGUCCAUCGAGUGCGUCAGAUUCGCCUACUCGGACGAUUUUGUUUAUUCGGCCGACGACACAGGUGUGAUAAAGUUAUGGAACCUGAAUGUCGGCGAGGCGACCUCUCUUUUUGGUCAUAUGAAGAGCGUCCGUACAUUGGAUGUACACCCACUGAACGACAACUACGCCGUGUCCGGUAGCAACGAUACUUCCAUCCGGUUGUGGGACGUUCGGCAGAAGGUAUGCGUCAAGCGUUAUAGGGGCCAUAUGUCUCACGUGAAUUCUGUUAAAAUAUCGCCCGAUGGUCUCUGGAUAGCUUCGGCGGGUAACGAAGGAAGUGUCAUCAUCUGGGACAUUCGGAUGAGCAAGUUGUUCAUGGAAUUCACCGAGCGGCAAACACCGGCCACCUACGUUCAGUAUCAUCCCUCGGAUUUGCUAAUGGCCGCUGGUCGCCAGGACGGCACGGUUGAUCUGUACGAUCUCGAAAAGCGCCAAUUGCUUUCGCGAUCUGUGCCACCUGCGCAAGCUGAGCGAUCAGCACAAGGACUCCCGGUACGCUGUGUUUUGUUUGACGAGAGUGGCAAAUGUUUGUUUGUUGGGACGGCGGCGGCCAUCACUGUGCUCGGCUGGGAGCCUGAUCAAGAGUUCGAUCGCAUCGAGUCGUAUUGGUGCACGCUGGGCGACAUGCACCUUGCUGGCUCAGAACUCAUCUUCGGAACGUUCGAAAAAGGUUCAGUGACGGUGCAUGCUGUACCAUUUACGGGACUGCGAGCAUUCAACGCCUCAUCGUUUGGUCAACCGUUCAACCACAACGAAACGUCGCGCAAAAGCUUCAAUCGUGGCAGUGGCAAACUGCGGCUAUCAAUCGGUGAUCGUGGAGUUGCUGGUGGCGGAAGUAGUAAGAUGUCGACGGUGGCAGAGGCGUCGGUAUCAGCAGCCUCCGGGCUCGACGACUUCAGCGGAGCAAACGGGGGUAUGUCACCCAAUUUGAGCAUCGAAAUGAUUGACGAGGAAGACAUGAAUGCGCUAAUUUCCACUAACAAGACAUCCUCACAAUCGGUGGAGAGCGCGAUGUUCGUCUUUGAUACGAUCCGAGAUCAGCGGGUGGUUCACAGCCCUGUACCUAAUGCCCAAGAUGUACCGCCCAGUAGCACAUCAACCGCUACGCUGCUGGAAUCUGGUUUAACAUCGUCUAAUCACAGCAACAAUGGUAGUAUGUCGUUCACCUCACCGCCGCUGAUCAAUAGCCACCAUCAUGUACAGGAAGAGAUGGACAGAUAUAAUCUAAAACCUAGCAGCAUCGUCGGAGUCGAUGCCGGAUAUUCUAGUGAUCUACACUAUUUCCCUCUUAAGAGUAGCGCCUUGCCAGAGCCGGAAGAAGAUUAUCCUGUCAAUAAUGCACAACCACCGGAUUAUGCUCCGAAGGUAACUGGUGGAAACGCUCAAGAUGGGAUGGCGUCUUCGAGCGAAGCAUAUGCGAUCGGGGGUGGUGCACUUGGAUCGAGAAGUGGUUCUAGGCAGCAUGACAGUACGACCGGCCAUUUCGCGGGACUGCGCAAUUCCGCCACUGACCAGCGUCGGUUAGCAGGUGUUCAAUCAUCUCACCACCGGUCAUCGAGUAAUCUAGUCCACCGCAUUGCCACCUCUAAAAGCACGUUGGAGCUUAACAAGUUAACCGGAGACGAACCUGUCACAUUUAGGAAACCGAUCAGUAGGGGCAGUUCACCGAUUCGUAACAACCAAGAGCUUCCGAUUGGGUCGCACUUUUCCGGCAACCCGUUGUACCAACAUCAGCAGGGCAAGCUGCUACGCAGUGAAAGUAACGCACAGAUUGGCAGAGACCGAAAGCAUUGCUACGGUGGUCCCGACCGGCACCAGCGCUCGUAUGGUAACACCGGUGGGCACAACAGUAACAUCAAGGUGGAGAUAGUCACAAAGCCAGUGGUACGUUCCAAAACGUCACUCGACAUGCGUCACCAUGGGCGUAGUACUACCUCCAUCUACGGUCAGCGACAGUCGAGCUUGAUACACUCAAACUCUAGCAGCAGUAUGGCCACAGUCGCAGCGGCGACUGCUGACAGUUUGAUAGGGGCGUACGGAAAUAUCAAUGGGCCUCUUUACGAGUAUGGAAAUGAAAGCGGCGGACGGUUAAUGGUGCUGGGCUAUGGAAGCACCGAAAACGGUACGUCCCCGGACGAGAAUGCAAUUCACAUGAUGCGCAACGAGCAUAUCGCCAUCAUGCAGACGCUUUGCAAUCGAACUGCGCUGUUAGGAGCUAUUCGCAAUUACACGAAGACGGGAAACGUAACCAAUGCGCUAAAAGUUGCUGUGCGCAUGGACGAACAGCAAAUUCUGGUUGAUGUGUUGGGUGCAAUAUUGGAAAAGACUACGCAAUGGUCGCUCGACAUGUGUGUGUUACUGUUGCCUAAAGUAUAUGAUCUGUUGCAAAGUGAACAUAAAUUCUACUGUACCAGAGCGUGCGAUACACUGCGCGUAAUCCUUUCCACCUUUCUCCCGGUGAUACGUGAAAAUACUGAUUCGUGGGCCGCAUGUACACUCGGAGUCGACGUUAGUCGCGAGGAGCGUCAAAACAAAUGUUUGGAGUGCAAGAGCUGGCUGCUAAAGAUACGCUGCCUACCAGAGAACGCAGUGAUGGGAAACAAUCUGCAGCAGCUCCAAAAUAUGAUCGUGGAUAUCUGAGGGAGACGUGCGGUAUAACGGUUGGUGCAUCUUAGAUCUUAAAUAUAUAAUGCUUAAUAAUUAUAACCUGCAGCUGCUGCAAAACAAGAUCUUGGAUAUCUUAUGCUGGCGUGCGAUAUAACGUUUGGUACGUCCUACAUACAUAGUGCUCAUUAUCCUUCAAUUGAGGUCGAAAGAAAUAUCUAGUUGAAGGUCAUCAUCAUAUUAAAAGCAGAUUUAGAGACGAGAAACAUACCUUGACAGCAUUAAGCUCGUCAUGCAGUGGUUGCAAUUCGCAAUUACAGUAGUCAAACUGAGCAUUUGACUAUAAGCAAGCUGUGUUCAAAGUGGGUGCCGCGUUUGCUCAAGAAAGUGUUGAGCAGUGUUUUGGUCAUGUUUGAACGUAAAACAUGAAAUUUUUGCACCAAUAUGUGAUAAUGAAAUGUGGAUGUGUGAAUAUUACGGAUGGAACAUGUAUCCAUCACUUCAUCACACUUCGAAAUCAAAAUGAUCGUUAACUGAUUGGAGAGCAACUGGUGAACCUCGCCCAAAGCAUUCGAAAGCACAAUCAUUGUCUGGAAAGGUUGACCUCGAUAUUCUGUGAUGUGCGUGGUGUAAUAAUCAUCGACAAUCUUGGGAAUGGGAAAUACCAUCAACAGUGGAUAUUAUAAUAUAUUAUAUUGUAUUAUAUAUACUUUCGUGGGGCCGGGACUUUUCAGCCCGUGUGUUAUACCAAGCUGUUCAAUAAGUUUUGCGGUUCGAUUAGAAAAACGCAAUGUUAUGGUUUGUGUUUUUGUUCCAUUGUUCCAUUGUUAGCGAAUGCGGAACCCAUUGUGCACACAGCUGUCUGAAACCCAACACUUCAGUCCAAAUAUUGCCUACACCGGCCAAUGAGAUGCCUAAGGCUUCUACUAAAUCUCUUUCACUUUCAUUUCAGAUUGAAAUGAACUUUCCCAUACGUUCGUAUGAAGAGUGUACGAACAUAACAAAAUUAAUUUAAACUAGUAGCAGCAGCGGGCUACUGAAUCGCAAAACUGAUUGAACAAUCCAAUAUAUAAGUCGUCCAAAGUUCGUUUUUGGAAAUAACAGCAAACGUGCAUUACAUCCAAUGGUUAUUAUUUGAUAGAAGAACAUGAAACAUGAAAACAAUACAUUGAACAUACAAGUUUAUUAGAAAAAUCCUACCAUUGACUUCAAUGGCAUUUAUUAAAGUGCUGCUGGGUAUACACUGUUUUUAGUUUGUUCUCCACGUCACUGUUGGUGCAUAUUUGCAUAUCAUGACGACGAUACAGUAUCUGGCGAAACAUAAUUUAUCAUCUGAACAUUUGAAUAGUAUGUGAAAAUAAUUGUACAUAUUCGUUAG